ACAAUCUCCAUCCAAAGUCCAGUCGCUCAACACCUUUGUCUUCUUCUCAAAUUCCCUCUCGCGCAUUCUCUAAAAUAUCUCUCGAGACUCGCUGAAAGUAUACUGAUUGAGCUUCUUCGUCCUGAAUCGGCUCCAAGAACCGUCAUGAACUCAUUUCGUGCAUAUCAUGGUCCCCUUCCGCCAUCAUCUACUAUAUCAGGUAGAGCCUGCAGUUCGGCCUGCAGUAGCCUACACACCGUCGUCCGUGAUCGACUCUUGGCCUCCUUUGCUACCGCAAAGAAAUCGUCCCCUCGUCGAUUGACCUCCCGAUCAUCCUUCUGUCUUGCGCCCGUCGCACGAACUCCGCCGUCUGCCGAUUAUCGCCGGGCUUUUCAUACAACCGCGCCGCUAUCCUCCCAAUCCUCCUCUCCUCGUAUCUCUUACCGGGUCGCUGCUUCAGCCUCUGGCAAGGGCCGUCGCUUUCACCCGGCGAAGAACUCGUACGACUUCAAUCCCGACCUCCACCCGGCUAUCGGCGUUGCAACAGACACUCAGGAUCCUGCACUGCGAAGGAAAAGGAGACCGGACAGCGGCGAGGAUGCAUUCUUCGUCAGCAGGAUCGGAAAUGGCGACUCCGGAGCUAUCGCAUUCGCCGUAGCUGACGGCGUUGGCGGAUGGGCAGAAUCCCGCGUCGAUCCGGCGGAUUUCUCUCACGCCCUCUGUGGCUACAUGGCGCAAUCGGCCCUUGCCUGGGAUGCACCAGCGGAGCAAUUGCGGGCGAAGCAUCUUCUCCAGGUGGGCUACGAUCAGGUAGUAGCAGACAAGUCGAUUCCAGCCGGUGGCAGCACCGCGUCCGUCGGUGUUGGCUUGGACGAUGGUCAGAUUGAGUUGGCGAAUCUCGGCGAUUCCGGCUCGGUCCUUCUUCGACUCGCCGCUGUGCACCAUUACUCGGUGCCGCAAACUCACGGGUUCAAUACUCCGUACCAACUCAGCAUCAUUCCUCCUCGGAUGCGCGCCCAGGCGUCCAUCUUCGGCGGUGCCUUUCUUGAAGACUUCCCCCGCGACGCGGCCGUCACCAACCUUCAGAUGCAGCACGGAGACGUCCUCGUGUUAGCCACAGACGGAGUCUUCGACAACCUCAACAACCAAGAUAUCCUCAAACUUGUGUCCAGCCGCAUGGUUCUUACGGGCGCCUGGACCUCCACCGAGGAGGCCGGGAUCCAGCCCUCAGCGGAUCUGCACCAACUCACCGGCCCCGAAGGCCUGGCGCCGCUUCUUCCCGCAUCCUCCCCCACGCCAUCAUCCUCGUCGACCUCCUCCACUUCCUCUACCUCCGCCGCCAGCACAUCCUCAUCCAGCAAAUCCGCCUCCUCAAACCCCCGGGACCAAGUCUACAGCCUCCAAUCCUUAAUAGCAGCCACCAUCGCCGGCGAAGCCAAGCUAGCAAGCAUGGACGUGCGUCGCGACGGGCCUUUUGCCAAAGAAGCUCAACGCUACUACCCCGGAGACUGGUACCGCGGCGGCAAAGUCGACGACAUCUCAGUCGUAUGUGUCAUUGCGGUGGAAGAGGGAUACUCCGGUCCAUCCACACCAACAGCCAACUAG